AUGCGUGCAGCUCUUAUGUGGACUGUGAAUGACUUCCCUGCAUAUGCUAUGUUAUCCGGUUGGAGUACUAAAGGGAAGUUUGCUUGUCCUGCUUACACAAGGAUGAAUAGAAUGACACGAAAUAGCGAUGAUACUCCAAACAUAGGUCAUCCAAUCGGGGGAAAGAAACGAAUUUCCCUUGAUCAUAAGUCUCUAAACCAAGCUCACGGCUACAUUUUAUUCAAUUGCGAUGAAGUGCAAGAGUAUAUUAGAGAGCAUGAGGUUAAUGAUCAUAAUCCUCUAAAAAAAAGGAAGUCCAGAAAAGCUAACAAUCAAAGAGAAGAUUUUAUUCAAUGGUUUGAAACACGUCUCAUGGAUGAGAAAGUUACUGAAUGGUUGAAGGUGUUGUCUAGGGGACCAAAUGAUGUUGUUAGAAGGUAUUCUGGUUAUGUUAUUAAUGGAUACAGGUUUCAUACAACAAAUCGUGAAGCAAGGCUUAAAACACAAAAUAGUGGUGUGACAUUAGAAGCGGUGACUCAAGUUCUUAGAAAUGCGAAGGAUGAAAAUCCCAAAAAGAUUUGUGUGACUUACUAUGGGGCAAUAAAAGAUAUUAUAGAGUUAGAUUAUUAUGGUCAUGAAAAAUAUGUAUUGUUCAAAUGUGAUUGGUUUGUGGAUGAAAAGGAUAAAUAUGGAUCGCCGUUGGUUUACUUUAACAAAAAAUGCUACAAAAAUGAUCCAUUUGUGUUGGCAUCUCAAGUUCAACAAUGCUUCUUUAUUGAAGAUCCUUUAAACAAAAACAAACACUAUGUUCUAAAUGCACUUCCAAGGGAAUCAUUUGACAUGGGAGAAUCUUUAAGUACAGAUGCCCAAGAAUAUGAUAUUUCAACAAAUCUUAAUACGUUAAGGGAUGAUUGUGAAGUGGAUUUGGUUAGGAAAGAUUUGCCGGAUGAUAUCUUUGAAAUUCCUUUGUCAGAACUUCACAACCAAAAAGCAAUAGAGAGUGAUCACAGUGACACGAGUUAUGGAAGUGACGAUGAAACUGAUUAUGAUUCUAGUACUGAUUAG